AUGGAUUGGAUCGUCAGUGUCGACGACAAGAGCGGAUCCAUGCUCGUGCUCCAUGGAUCGGGGGGUGCGGGCAAGUCAGCGCUCGAGCAAUCCAUCUCGGAACGGUGUCAACGUGUCGGCUAUCUUGGAGCAGCCUUCUUUCUGUCGAGGACGGCCGUCUUCCCGUGGCUUCGUUAUCUCGUGCUACGGGAGAUCGAGGACGAUCCCAGAAUCUUCCAGCUCUCGCGUGCGGGUAUCAUGCACCAUUUCCCCGAAUCCCAUCUCACAGCGACGCUCAACAAGGAAAUAUCAUCCAUUCGCAGAAGCCGCACCCGCCUCCUUGACCUGGAAAAAGACAAAAGUGUGGAUAUCGACAUGCAUAUGUUCCUCGUGAAUGAGUUUCGACACAUCAGGGAGACUCAUCCCGCAAGGCAAGCUCUUCCGGACUCUUGGCCUACGGACUUCGCGGCGUCCACUGACCUACGAACCAACAGCAACUACACCGCCCGUUCCGCAGAAGUAGAGACAGCCGAGCCCGUGGUUUGGGCAUCGUCUCCAGAUGGGCGGGGCGCAGCAUCUCUUCAGGUAUUAAUUAUACCCGUAUAG